CGCGGCCGGGAGGAGCGUGGCACGUCCCGGCCAGGCCGCAGGGGAGCGGGUAGAGCCGUUGUCUUGGCAGGUUGCAGAGGCUGAAUUUACUGGAAGAUAAAACAAUCUGUGUGAUCGCGGAAAGGUCACGAAAGAAAGAGAUUGGUUAGUUAAGCCGGCUCGGGGUGUGCUUGUGUGGAGCGAGUGGGAGAAGGUGCUGGGGCGGGACACCCGUGUUGCCAGAGCACAUGGUGCAGCUUGGGCAUUUCCAUUUGGUCCUGUAGCUGCGUGGGACACACUGCUGACAGCAGGGUUUGAUUUCGUUUUUAGGGAAGAUGUAUUUUAAAUCAUAUUAGACCAGCUUUCCUGUUCAGCUGUGUCUGUGCUAUAGCAAUUCCUGAUCUUGGUCUCAACCUGUGGACUGACUUGAACUCAGCCUAGUUUCAUUGCUAUGGCUCUGCCUUGGUGGUUGCUGGGCCUGGUCCUAAACAUGACUGGAUUUUGCUCCUGGCUUCACCUUGGACCUCUCUCUUCAUCCUGAUACUGCUUAUGAUCUGAAUUCUUGGCUGAAUGUGAUCUCUGUCUUCAGGUCUGUGCUGCUUUGGUGCUGUAAGAGCACAUCCUGGAUGGCAGGGUCUCUGCCCUCCCAGUUUUGUCUCCCAGCUCGCCUUACCCUUCGGAAAUAAUCCUGUUCUUGCUGAUCCCUGACAAUCUUAAACACCAGGUUCACCCUUAAGUUACCUGAAUGCUUGCUAAUUUAAAGGGGGUGGAAAUAUGCCCUAAUUAGAAACCUAUUUCAAAGGUGGAUCAGACCUUCUCCCCUUUCACACAGUAGCUUUCACAUCCUUUUCCUGACCCUCACUACUAGCGGGUUCAUAGCUGUGAGCUUCCUACAGGAAAAAUAGAUAAUUCUCUCCCUGCUACCUGUGGACCUCCCAUUGUUUUAUACCUGGUCACAGAUGCAUGCAGUGUAGGCACAUGCUUUCCCUAGUCCGUGUAUGUGUGGUGACAGUUAAGUAUUUCCUCCACCUGGCAGCCCUGAUGAGUGAGGUACAAACUCCUGCUACUCAUCAGUGCCCUCAAAUCUGCAAACGUGACACUUCAUGGUUAUUUCCCCCAAUUUUCCCUUUAAGAAUUCCUUUAAGGCAAAAUUUCUGUGACAUAAUUCAGCUUUAUGCAACCUGUGGAAACCUGUAUUAGCAUUUAUAUGAAUGUAAAUAAAAUUAGGUGCGCAAGUCAGUGGGACCUGGUGGCAUCCAUCCACGAGUCCUGAAGGAGCUGGCAGAUGCAGUUGCUAAGCCUCUGCCCAUCAUGUUUGAGAGUUCAUGGCAGUCUGGUGAGGUUCCCUCUGAUUGGAAAAAAGGAAACACAGCCCCUGUUCUUAAAAAGGGAGAAAGGGAAAACCAGGGGAACUACAGGCCGGUCAGUCUCCCCUCUGUGCCCAUCAAGAUCAUGAACCAGAUCCUCCUGGAAAGUCUGCUAAGACACAUGGAAAAUAAAGAGGUGAUUGGUAAUAGCCAGCAUGGCUUCACUAAGGGCAAGUCAUGCCUGACCAAUCUGGUGGCCUUCUACACAAAGGCUACAGAGAUGGUGAAUGGUGGCAGAGCAACUGACGUCAUCUACCUGGAUUUGUGCAAGGCGUUUGACUCUGUCCCACAUGACAUCCUGGUCUCCAAACUGACAAGGCAUGGAUUUGACAGAUGGACCACUCAGUGGAUAAGAGAUUGGCUGGAUGGUCGCAGCCAAAGAGUUGUGGUCAUUGGUUCAGUGUCCAAAUGCAGCUAAAGCAGCUUCAAAGAAUGAGUCAAUAACCCUAAAACAUCAAACCAAGGCUGAAGAGAUGAUUUUGAGAGGAGGCUUGAAAUCUCUGCUUCCCCAUGCGCUGAGAAGAAUAAUUCGAUGCAACAGACUCAGUAUUAGUAAUACUUCUGGAAUGGCAGAGGGCUAUAAACAGGCCAACGUUGUGAUUUUGCACAAGUCACUGGCUGAUGACUUUGAGAAGUUCUGCCGUGCAAAUGAUGGACCCCUGCCACUGCUGCACAGAAGUAAACCAGGUGACUGGAAAUGUCCUUCUCUGAGUAGUGAUUCUGAUAUCAGAACUGACUGCCUGCAGUAUCAAGUGUAUGAGCAUGGAGCUUGUACUGGAUCACUGACAAGUUUAAAGGAAUAUUCUGAACGACUGAAGGACAUGGUUACUUUUUAUUUAGGCUGCAGCUUCUCUUUUGAAAAAGCAGUCAAAAAUGCUGGCAUUCCUAUAAGAAACGUUGAGCAAAAAUGUAAUGUAAGCAUGUAUAAGACAGCCGUGCCUUGCUACAGCAUUUCUACUUUUUGUUGCAACUUAGUAGUCACCAUGAGACCUAUUCCUGAAAGCAAGUUGGAAGCAGCUGUGCUAGCAACAUCGAAAUUAAAAGAAGCCCAUGGAGCACCAAUUCACAUGGGUGACCCUGGUCUGCUGGGAAUACAAGAUCUUUCCAAACCAGAUUAUGGAGAUCCAGUUCACCUUCACCCUGGUGAUAUUCCAGUGUUUUGGGCCUGUGGAGUAACAGGAAUAGAAGCAGUCAUCAACUGCAGAGCUCCAUUAGCUUUUACUCAUUCCCCUGGCUGCAUGUUCAUUACUGACCUGAAGAAUGACAAUGUCACAGUCAGAUCCUCAAGAGAAGCCCCACAAGUUCACUGCAUUUCUCAAGAUCCUCUGCAUUAUAGUAUUGUGUCAGCAGAAGCAGCCCAAAAGAUAAAGACUCUAGAGACCCUAAUUGGAAUAGAUCCAGGAGACCGGGGUAUAGUCCAUCUCCAGCAGCAGGGUGAGCUGCUGAGGGCUGGCCUGGCCAUCUCCCACGCUCGGUCCGUGCUGCUCACAACUGGAUUUCCUACCCACUUCACUUACCAGCCGCCGGAGGAGAACGACGGGCCUCCGGGAGCCCUGGCGAUCGCAGCCAUAUUGCAGGCCUUGGAGAAAGAGGUUGCCAUAGUAACAGAUCAGCGAGCCAUGGAUCUGUAUGAAAAGAUUAUUGAGGAGGCUGUUCAACUAGGAAUCUUGAAGAGACCUGUCCCUCUGUUGAGUUAUCAAAAGGAAAAUGCCGAUUCAGCCUUAAUGUUUUUGUGUGAGAAUGGGAAUCCUGGAAGACCUAGAUUUGAUCACCUGAUAGCAAUAGAGCGUGCUGGGGUGGCUGCUGAUGGCAAUUAUUACAAUGCCAGGAAAGUUAACAUUAAACAUCUAGUGGAUCCCAUAGAUGAACUAUUUUUAGCUGCACAAACCAUUCCAGGAGUCUCAACAACAGGUGUUGGAGAUGGAGGAAAUGAAUUAGGCAUGGGCAAAGUAAAAGAUGCUGUAAAGAAGCACAUAAAAAAUGGAGAUGUUAUAGCUUGUGAUGUUGAAGCUGAUUUUACUGUUGUGGCCGGGGUCUCUAACUGGGGAGGCUAUGCCAUUGCUUGCGCUCUGUAUCUCCUCAGCACUUGUGAAGUCCAUGACCGCUACCUGAGGAAAGCUGUUGGGUUUCCACAGUUGUCAAAGAAGGCUGGCUGGCUAUCAGCACUUCCAUCUGUUACCAAGGAAGAAAAGCUUCUGAAGACACUUGUGCGGCACGGGGUCCGCAGUGGAAAAACUGCCAGCCUAGAAAUGGAAGUGGAUGGACUGCCCUUCUACAACACCCACUCACAUAUGAUUGAAGAGCUGCUGCGAGAAGUGCAGCAGUGACUGGCCCCAGGGCUUUCUACACCAGGGGUUGCUCCCAUGUUAAGUCCUAUUCCCUGGGCUCUCACAAGGUAUAAAAGGUCAGCAGCAGAUGACUUUUAAUCUGUGGCAUUUUGGUCACACACAACUUUUCAUUGCUACCCUUAUAACAUCUCUGUGAAGUGAGAAGAUAGAUACCACCAUGAUGAUUUGGUUUACCUUUCUCUUCUGUCAUUUUAUAACUGAUAUUAAAUUAUGCUAUAUACUAAGAUGUGAUCUGGCUUUUACAAAGAAAGCUUGUCAUUAAAAUAGUGUUGCAUUGCUCUUCCUGUUUUGCUAAUCUCGUAACUGCAACAGGAAGUAACUUGUAGCAACUUGGAUUUAAAAAUACCUUGUGGUGUGGAAAACCGCUGCACUGGAGAGGGGAGGGUCGAGACAAAAAAAAAACAACAAAAAAACAACCAACCAGUAAGUGCUACAGUAGUUAAAGUUGUUAAAUGCAGCUCCCUUGUAUGCUUCCUGUAACCCUUAUAACAUUGAUUGUCUUAUGGUGGUGGAUAGUUUAUGGAAGCGGGAGGAGAUAAGGGGAGAGGUUUAACUGAGCUAAGGGAAGCAAGGGAAGCAUUGCAGACCUUCUGUGUAAAGCGCAGGCUACACUGUUUUUGCCAUCUCUGUCUUAGUAGUUUACCAUUUAUGUAUUUUGUCCCACACUGGAUAAUACAGAAAGUUUGUAAACAUUUCAAGGUAUCCUGUUUUCAAAAAUAAAUUAACUACAUAAACAGUGAUUAAAAAUUAAAGCUUAGAAAUUCAA